AUGGAGGACCCGGAGAUCACGAACUCGCCGCCCGACCCGAGCACGCUGCCGGAGGCGGGCAACGACCCGGGCGAGCCCGUGCGGCCAGACGUGGACGAGGAGAACUCGACGCCAAACCCGCCGGCGGCGGCGCCGACGCAGGACAUGGAGCUGACGGAGGCGGGCCAAGGGCUGGGUGAGGGCGACGCGGAGGACAAGGGCGACAACGACGAUCUCCCUCUCUCGGACAACGAGUCGGUCCUGUCAGACGUCGACGAGGCGCAGUUUGAGGACUUCGACCCCAAUGCCAUCGCCAUCGAGGACCGUCCCGCCAUCGCCGUCGACGAGAGCAACGUCGGCCUGAUCGGCGUGCACAAGCGCAAGCGCGCAGACGGCGAGGCUGGCGGCGACAAGAAGAAGAAGCGCGAGGGCCGCCGCGACAAGCCCAAGAAGAGUCGGAAGAGGAGGGGCGAGGAUGGCGACGCCGGCAUGAGCGGCGGUGAGGAGAGCGGCGGCGCGGUCCUCGGCGAGCGGAGAUCGAGGAGGGCACCGCGCGCCAGGCCUGAGCCGUUGGAGGAGGACUGGUCGAGCUUGACGCCCGAGGAGAGGCGGAGGAAGGCGCUGGACGCGAAGAUGGACGAGGCGCUGAAGGGCGGCAAGAAGAAGUCGCGCAAGCAGCAGGGAAUUGAUCUUGAAGCGCAGGCCGACGCAGAGAUUGAGGACAUGCGCCGCCGCAUGACCGAAGCUGCACAAGCUGACAACGAAGGUCGUGAGCGCGGCGAGCCCGCCAUCCACAAGCUGAAGCUGCUUCCCGAAGUCGUGGCUCUCCUCAACCGCAAUAACCUCCAGAAUAACCUCGUUGAUCCUGAUAUCAAUCUCUUGCAAGCCGUGCGGUUCUUCCUCGAACCCCUAAAUGACGGAAGCAUGCCGGCAUACAAUAUUCAGCGUGAACUCUUCACAGUGCUGGGCAAGCUACCUAUCACGAAAGACUCGCUGGUCGCCAGCGGUAUCGGCAAAGUCAUCAACUUCUACACCAAGAGCCCCAGGGCCGAGAGCACCAUUAAGAGGCAAGCAGAGAAGCUUAUCGGAGAGUGGACGCGUCCGAUCCUCAAGCGUACGGACGACUACCGCAAGAAGGAGGUUGCCGAAGCCCACUACGAUCCUAUGCGCCUUCCCGACCGCACCGCUUCCAAGGUGGCCUCGCAGCAGGCGGCGGCCGAACGCCGCGCCAAGGCGCUGGCACCGCCGAGCUUCAUGAACCGCGCCCGGCAGGAGGGCCAGCUGCGCACCUACACGGUCGCGCCCAAGAGCAACGUCGUCGCCAACGCCGCACCGGUCAAGAGCGUCGGCCAGACCGAGGCCGCGCGCCGCCUCAAGCUGGGGCGUGCAGGUGGCAAGCGCGGCUGA